AUGCCAUCCCAAGGGGACAGCUCCACCCGUGACCGGGAACUCAUCAAGUCCGAAUCUUGCCGGCAGUUAUCUGUUCCAAUGUGGGAUAGUUCGGAUCCCGAGCGUGCACCUCCGCCGCUGCCUUUGAAUCCUCGCUCAAUGAGCCCUGCAACCAAAUCAAAUGUGUCGCCCGGCAUUCAAGCUGUUGCGGCCAAGUUCACUGAUAGAACGACUGAGAACCCUCUCAGUUCAUACACCACGAAUGCCAUGCCCAAAUCUUCAUCACCAGAGCGAUCAUUGGUGAAGGGACACCACAAGCGCAUGCAGUCUCUGCAGCCCAAUGACACCAAUGACACCAAGGGCGAUGCGCGCUCCGAAUUCCUUAAUUAUCUCGAGAGUCGUUCACCGGAGCGACCUCUGCGCGCAACUAUUUUGGACCCGACAAACAGGCAAGACUCGACCAUCCGUGUUGGUUCACCAACUAGUCGUUCCCCAGAGCGGGACCUCCCCAGCUAUGUCUCGAGUCGUUUCUUGUCAAAACCAAUUAUUGGAGAAACUACUCCUUCCUCCCCAACGAUGUUGGCCCUUCAAAACAUGCAGCUUCCCGAAGUCGACCCUCCAUCACCCUCCAGGGCGCCUAAGAUGAUUGCUGCUGCUCCUGCUCCAGCAGAGCCCGAGCCCGAGCCCAGCACCCCAAUCGAAGCCCAAAAACACACAAUGGGUACCCUCUCCUCCCAAAUUCUCAGCCUCACCGAUAUUGCCAGCAAUCUGCAGCGUGAAAUGUUCAAUCUCAGCCGAAGAAGCAAAGAUAAUGCCACCGAUCUUGUCAGCUUAAAGGCUGCGACCAAUGCGCGCGACGAAGAUAUUCGAAAGAGCUUGAAGGAAUUGACAUCGAACCUGUCAACCAAAUUUUUGGAUGUGGACCCUGCAAGGUUUGAUUUCAAUGCUCUCCUGAAGCGUGAACGUGGGAUUGACAGCAGUGAUCUGGAUAGUUCUCCCAACUCGAAGAGAAGCUACUCUGUGCCUCGCAUGCCCAGCCCUAACCUGUUUAACUACGAUCUUGAUUUCGCCGGUUCGCCUGGACCGAUUUCCGAUGGCUCUGCCAGCAUCGCCCUCCUAGAAAAGGUAUUACGCGAAAUGGCAACCAAAGAAGGCGAGGAGAGGCUUUUGGAGCUUGUCGAUGAGAUCAAGUCUCGACCCGCUGCAACCGCCUCUGACAAGGAAUCCGAUAAGAAGAUCACCAACAUGCUCGAAGAAAUUCUCAACCUUGUCAAGGAAGAUCCUUCUAGCAGAGCCCUUGUUCGUGCUAUGAGCACUCCCGAUAACCUGCAACCAGGUGACAACCUCGAUGGUGCUCGUCAUAGGUCAAUGGGCUCUAUGGACCCCUCAGCCGCCGUGCGCCCAUUGGAUGUUCUGAAAGGUGACAAGCUGGACCUAUCAGUCUCUGCCAACGACGAAAUCCUUGCCGUUCUUCGCACUGUUAAGAACACUGUCGUAGAGAGUGGUGGUAUGACUAACGGCGUGAAAGCUCUGGUGCGCGAGUUGCGCGGAGAAGUCCUUGGAAUGGGGCGUGAUCUUGCUCGCAGACUGGAAGCUGUCGACGAGACCCGGGCAAUUGGUGAGGAGCAAAAGCCCCAGGCUCCUGGCCCGGAUGAGAUCGCCGCCAUCAUCAAUGAGAGUCUCGGGGACCUUAGGGAGCAGCUGGCUGCUACCAUCAACGAGAGCCGACAAAACUCCUCGGCAUUCGACGAGUUCCAGUCCACUAUGAACAGUGCUGCGAUCUACUCUAUCGUCAAGAGAGCUCUUGAUGAGCUUGAACUUCCUCAGCCCGAAAAUGCCCCCCAUGGUUCAGUCAUGGAGAAGGAGGAGAUCCUGGAAACUGUCCGUGAAGCAAUGGAGACCUACCGGCCCGAGAUCGAGCUGCAAAACUUUGGUCUCGAGCGUGAAGAGGUCUUGGAGUGUCUCUCUGAAGGCCUCAAGUCAUACCAACCCCACCAUGAGGAAUCCUUGACCUUCGAGCAGGUUCUCGGAGCUGUUCGGACAGGUCUCCAGGACUUCCAGCCCCCGCAACCCCCGGCCAUCACUCGCGAUGAAAUUAUCAUGACAAUACGUGAAUGCCUCGAGAAUUCCGAGCCUACCUCCCGCGGCUUGGAUGAGGAGCAUGUCGGCCACCUUCAUUCCAUGCGUGAUGAAAUUCUCGGUGCCGUCGCAGGAGUUAUGGAGAAGCCGACUCCCCGCAGUUUCGAUGACGAGCAUGCUCAGCACCUUAACACGAUUCGCGACGAGAUUUUGGGUGCCUUCGCCGACACUAUGGAGAAGCACGGGUCUCAAGGCCUCACUGAGGAGCAUGCUAACCUCCUAUAUGCCAUUCGAGACGAGAUCAUGGGAGCCGUCACAGAAAACCAGGAGAAGCCUGUCUCGCGUGGACUGGAUGAGGAGCACAUUCAACAUCUCCAUGCGGUUCGAGAUGAGAUCAUGGGCACUCUCACCGGUAUUCAGGAGAAGCCUGCUCCGGGGGGAUUGGACGAGGAGCAUAUUCAAUACCUCAACUCCAUUCGAGACGACAUUCUCCACGCUCUGGCGGAAGCUAUGACCAACCCCCCUACCGCGAAGACUAUGGACGAGGAACAUCGAACCCAUAUGAACGACAUCCGUGAUGAGAUUCUCAACGCCUUGACUGGAUCUAUGGCCACCCAGAGCAUGAUCAGCAAAGAGUCUUUCGAUUCCGGUAUUGGCCGCGACGACAUUCUCAGUGCAGUCUCCGAUGGCCUCGAGGCACAUUUCACAUCCGCAAAGGACAUGGAGGAGCCUCGCAUCUCCACAUCUGAUGUUGUGAAUGCUAUCAAUGAUGCGUUUGAUUCUCAACAAUCAGCUCUCAGCACUAGUCUUGCACCCCCCAGCAUCUCUCGUGAGGACAUUAUGGCUGCCAUUGCUGAUGGCAUCGAGAUCGCCAAUAAGCCUCAAGAUUCCUCAUCGCUCUCUCGCGAGGAGAUCACGAGUGCUAUUGCCGACGCUAUGGAGAUCGCUCACAAGCCCGAAGAAUCAUCCACACUCUCUCGCGAUGACAUCCUAAGUGCUGUUUCUGAAGCAUUGGAGAAAUCACGGGAAGCUGAUCAGUCGGCCUUGACCACCAAUCUCCAACAGCCCUCUAUCACUAGAGAAGAGCUGUUCAACGCAGUUGUUGAUGGCAUUGAAAGCUCCAACACUAUGACCCGUGAGAUUGAAUUGAACAAGGACGAUCUCAUGGAAGCCAUCAGUGCCGGUCUCCAGGAGGCGACCAGCGCUACCAACGCUAAUAUUGGCGACGAGGUGCUAAGCCGACUCCAGGAGGUUGUCGAUGACAUGAAGGAGGAGUUCAAACAGUAUUCCGCUGCCAAUGGUAAAGACACUGAGCAGGUCCUGGACGCUGUCAAGGAUGGUCUUGAUGUUGUGCGAAAGGAGAUCGAGACUUAUGUGGGCGGAGCCCAUGAUGGUUCCGAUAAGCUUGAGAUCAUUGAUACCGUUAAGGAAGGUUUCCGUUUGCUUCAAGCUGACAUGGAGAAGACCAUCAAUGACGCCUCUCUGUCAAAUGCCUCGCGAGGCGCUCCUGACACCCCAGAGCUUCUGGAAGCUAUGGAGAAAGAGUUCGAGCAUCUCCGUGGCACUAUCAGCACUCUCCUAGUUCGUGAUAAUGCCACCAGUGAUAAGGACGAAGUUCUCGAUGCUAUUCGGGAGAUGGGUGAACACUCAAAUGCCAAGGGUGCCGACGAGGAAGUUCUCACCACACUGAAGCAGGAGUUCGAGAAAAUGCGUGAGCGCAUGGACAUGAGUGUGGUUCGAUCUGAGCCUCCUUCUGAGAAAGAAGAUAUCCUCGCUGCCCUCCGCGAGCACUUCGACAACCUCCGCGAGGAAACUCGUGCCAAGGAUGGAACCGAAAGUAUGCUCUCUACCACCAGUGAGCUGCUUGAUGCCUUUAACGACGGCGUUGAUUCCAUCCGCGAGGAUAUCAAGAAGGUUGCUGAAAAGCCAACUGAAUUCGACAGCUCAGAGAUUAUUGACACCCUCAAGGAUGGCCUGGCCGUGUUGAGAGUUGAUAUCGAGGGCCUCCGUGAGGCGCAGAAGAGCAAGGAGAUGGACGAGGAGGAGACAACCCGCGGCGGCGGCGAGCUCACGCUUGCUAGGGACGCCGAACUUGGAAGUGGCAUUGAGAGCCUCAAGACUCUCAUCACCGACCUUCAGGACAAGGUCGAGGCCAUCGACUCUACGCCUCGUGCCACUGAGCCCGCUGAAGAUGCUUUGACCAAGGGCCACAUGGAUGAGGUUCUUGUUGCCAUCCAGGAAGUUCAGGUUGCCAUUGGUGAGAUCGCUGCCACCAACAAUCUCCACGAGAAUGCCGCUCGGAAAGAAGACACCGAUGCCAUUCAGGAACUUCUUAUGGGUACCAAGACCCACCUCGAAGAAUUGGUCUUCCCUGCUCCUGACACUCUAGCUACAUCUGAGCACAUUGAAAACCUUGAGACCAUGAUCAAAGAUGCCAAGGAUACCAUCUCCGACCUUUCGUCGCGCCUGGAAGCUGAGGCGCCUACCAAGGCCGAAGUUGGUGCCCUGGAGGGUCUAAUCAAGGACGUCUGGGUGGCCUUGGAAGAGCUGAAGGGAAAGACCAAGGAGGGUGAGGAGGAAGAAGAAGCUGAGGACUCUGAUAAGCUCAUGAAGUCCGAUCUUCAGACCGUGGAGGCCAUGAUCUUUGAGGUCAAGACUCAGGUUGAUGAGUUGAAGCUUCCUGACGUGGAGACCCUUCCAACCAAAGACGAGAUCCAGGAGCUCUCCACCCUCGUCACCGACUUCCGGGAGAAGAUGGAAGCAAACCAUGAUAUGACCGCCCAAGGCUUCGAGGCUCGCAAGGUUGAACAUGCUGGUCUCCACGAGAAAAUUGAAGAAGCCAAGUUUGUUGUUGGCGAGCUAGGUGAUGAGCUCAAGAGCAAGCUUGAUGGCAGUAGUGAAGGCCUGACCGAGCUCAAGCAGCUUCUCGAGGGUCUGGCUCUUACCGCCGAGAACUUUUCCACUGUCGAGAGCAUCAAGGAGCUGACUGAACUCAUUAAUCGUGAGUUUGAGCGUGCUCGUGGCGAGGAAGAUGCCACGAGGUUGGACAAGGAGGAACGCGAUGCUGCUACUAUGGUAAAGCACGAUGAGACUCGGGCUGCCAUAAUUGUGGAACUCGGAGCGAAGAUUGACGAGAAGCUCGGUGAAGUCAUCGCCAAGUACGAUGAAGCUCAUACUUCCCUUCACUCCAAAUUCUCGGAAACCGAGGAACGUGACAUGGCGCACUCCGAAGCUGUGACUAGCACCAAGGCACUUGCUGAAGAGAUCAAGCUCGUUAUUGGUGAAGUUGGCAGCACUGUCAACGAAAGUUGUGAGCAGGUGGCUGCGGACACGAAGACUCUCUUAGAGAGGGUUGAUGAGUCCUACAACCGCAUUGAGGAGAUGCAACAUGACGUCAAGUCUCAGCAGGAGCAGUCCAAAGAGGGCAAUGAGAGAGCUGUUGCUGCCACGGAGCGUGUGGAAAGCAAGCUUCUUGAGUUUAACCCUCAGAUCUUGGAGACUGUUCAGCAGAUCCUGGAUGUUGUCAGUCAGCACUACGACCACUCCCAGAAGUCCAACGAGGACUUCAAGUCGGAGUUGUCUGCGCUGCCAAGCAAUAUCCCGAACAUGCUCCCUGCUCUCAUGCCUCCCCCGGAAUCCGAUCGAGAAAUUAAGGACGACCCUGUACACACCAAGUUGAACGACAUUUUGGAGCACGCCUCCAAGAACAGCCAGGUGCAUGAAGUUCUCAACACCCUGCUCGAACACUCCAAGAACGACCAGCUCCAUGAGAAGCUUGACCGAGCUUUGGACCAAGGCUCUGGGAAUGAUCAGAUCUAUGAGAAGCUUGACAAGCUCCUCGAGCAUGCUACCAACGGCGAUGGCUCUGUUCACGAGAAGCUUGAUUCUUUACUCAGUCGUCCCGUCGCUGCUGUUGAUCCUGAGCAAUCCGUGACUCAGAUGAUGAAGCUGGACGAGAUGCACAGGGACAUCAUGGAGAACACUCGUAAGAUGAACGAGAUGUUUGCCGCCCAGUCUGCCAUCGUCGCUGAGGAUACAGAAAGAAAACGCCGGGAGGCUGAGGAGGCCGCCAUUGCCCUUGAGCGCAGGAUCGGCCAGCGUGAGCAGGUUGAAGCCGAGCUUGUGGGCCUGCACGAGGAGAAGGAGUCCCUGCUGAAGAUGCUCCAAGCUCUCAAGACUGAGAAAGAUGAUAUGACCAAGCAAAACCAGAAGCUGAGCAAGGAUCUUUCAGGCCUUGAGACUGCUCUUGAGAUCCGCCACGAAGAGAUGCAGCAGAUGGAGGACCGCGCCGAUGGUCUCGAAAAGCGCAUCUUGGAAGGUGUCCUCGACCAUGCUCGCACUGUGCUCCUCAGUCGGUCCGGCAGCUUGUCGUCUAUGAACCUCAAAAGGAACCGUAGUGUGCGUUCCUCUCGAGCUGGUGCUCGCAGCCCCAGUGCUAUGAGUAAUGCGACCGUAAGCACCACUAAAGACACUAAGGAUCCUCGCAGCAUUCUCGGCAACGGAGUCGGCAUGGCCCUCAAACGCCGUGUGCCAAACAACCUGCAGGCGGGCACAACUGCCGUCCAGCCCAAUAUUGGCAAGGAGCGCCGCAUUCUCAGCUUGAACCAUGUAACAGGUAACCGAGGCGCCAGCGGUGGACUCACCAACCUGAAGCGCAGCAAUUCGGUCAAAUCGAACUUCUCACUCCGUAAAUCCUCGUGGGCUGGUCACAGCUCUGUUUCCAACAAGGAGAAUGAGGUAUUCCGCGAGGAGGACGAGCAUGACAGUGACCCUGAGAGCGACGCUGGCACAGAGCGCAGAACCAGCUAUGCCCCGUCGGACCGGAAAUCAAGCUAUGCUGGUACGGAGCGCAGGUCUAGCUACGCGGGGACUAUUACCGACAGUGUCGUGACCGGGCCUACGGAGAGCGUUGUCUCGGAUGAUCGCCGCACUAGUGGCAUGAGCACUGCCACUGGACAAGAGAGCUCCAUUGCUGGUGAUAGCCACAUGGACGAGAGCUAUGCCGAGUCAGAGUCAGAUGAUGCUCAAACGGCUCGUGAGAACGACGACGAGUGCGACGAGGAAGAUGACGACCCUGACAACGAGUACCGAAAAUCGAUCGUGAAGAAUGAAAGUGAGGUGCAAGAUGGCAUCGAUGAGGAGAUUUCAGCAACCGCCUCUGCUAUGGAAGCUGAAGUUUCGAAGCUGCUUGAGCAACCUGCUGACAGCGGGCUAGGCUCGGGGAUGGCAGUCUAG